CCAGCGCCGCCGCCGCGAGCGCGUGGGAGCAGCGGGGCUCGACGGCGCGGCCAUGGCCGCGCACGGAAAGCUGCGCAGGGAGCGGGCGCCGCAGGCUGAGUAUGAGACGCAAGUCAAAGAGAUACGCUGGCAGCUGAGUGAGCAGCUGCGCUGCCUGGAGCUGCAGGGCGACCUGCGGCGGGAGCUGCUGCAGGAGCUGGCCGAGUUCAUGCGGCGCCGCGCCGAGGUGGAGCUGGAGUACUCUCGGGGCCUGGACAAGCUGGCCGAGCGCUUUUCCAGCAGAGGAGGCCGCCUGGGCAGCGGCAGUCGCGAGCACCAAAGCUUCCGGAAGGAGCCGUCCCUCCUGUCGCCCUUGCAUUGCUGGGCCGUGUUGCUGCAGCAGACGCGGCAGCAGAGCCGGGAGAGCGCGGCCCUCAGCGAGGUGCUGACCGGAUCCCUGGUCCAGCGCCUGACCCACCUCUCGGAGUACGUGGGGCGCAUAGUCAGGAAGAGUAAGGACCUGGAGCAGCAGCUGCAGGAGGAGCUUCUGAAGGUGGUCUCCGAGCUUCAGACGGUGAGGACCGGGCAGGGACCCCCAAGCCUUCACAUGGCCCCAGGCCAGGCCCAAGGAGAAUUGGGUGCCACAUCCAGGGGAGACCUCGGGCAAGGCACCUCCUCUCCCUGGGCCUCUGGUCCUGGUUCUGGUGCUGGUCAGAGUCCCAGACAGGCCAGGAGGGGGAGUGGGAGGGGCUGGCCACGGCUGUGGCCUUCAGCAGCGGCUGCCCUGCCUUGGCCCUCCUUACAGGCCAGGAAGACAUACCAGGUGUACCGCACGGAAAGCGUGAAUGCUGAGACCAAGCUCCGGGAAGCUGAGCGCCAGGAGGAGAAGCGAGCUGGCCGGAGCGCCGCCGCCGCCGCCGCCACCGCCACCACCACCACUGAGGCGGGGCCCUCCAGGAAGAGCUCCAUCAAGAAAGGUCGGCUGGUGGAGAAGCGCCAGGCCAAGUUCCUGGAGCACGAUCUCAAGUGCACGAAGGCGAGGAACGAGUACCUGCUCAGCCUGGCCAGCGUGAAUGCCGCCAUCAGGAACUACUACUUGCAGGAUGUGCCAGACCUCAUGGACUGCUGUGACACAGGGUUCCACCUGGCCCUGGGCCAGGUGUUCCGGAGCUACACUGCUGCCGAGAGCCGCACCCAGGCCUCCCAGAUGCAGGGCCUGGGCAGCCUGGAAGAGGCUCUGGAGGCCCUGGAUCCUCCAGGGGACAAGGCCAAGGUGCUUGAGUUGCAUGCAGCUGCCUUCUGUCCCCCGCUGCGUUUUGACUACCAGCCCCACGAGGGGGAUGAGGUGGCCGAGAUCCAGGUUGAGAUGGAGCUGCGGGAUGAGAUUAUGCCCAGAGCCCAGAAUAUCCAGAGCCGCCUAGGCCGGCAGACCAUUGAGACAGAAGAGGUGAACAAGACGCUGAAGGCGACGCUGCAGGCCCUGCUGGAGUUGGUGGCAUCAGAUGACGGGGACGUGCUUGAGUCACUCCAGGCCAGUCCCUCCACCGAGUCCCUCAAGUCCACAUGCUCGGACCCAGGGGCCCGGCAGGCCGGCCGGAGGCGGGGACAGCAGCAGGAGACGGAGACCUUCUACAUCACGAAGUUACAGGAGUAUCUGAGUGGCCGGAGCGUCCUUGCCAAGCUGCAGGCCAAGCACAAGCAACUGCAGGAGGCCAUCCAGCGAGGUGACAAAGAGGAGCGGGAGAUGUCCUGGACCCAGUACUCGCAGAGAAAAGUUCAGAGGAGCCGCCAGCCCCGCCCCAGCUCUCAGUACAGCCAGAAGCUCUUUGGGGGAGACAUGGAGAAGUUUAUCCAGAGCUCCGGCCAGCCUGUGCCCCUGGUGGUGGAGAGCUGUAUCCGGUUCAUUAACCUCAACGGCCUCCAGCACGAAGGCAUCUUCCGGGUGUCAGGCGCCCAGCCCCGGGUCUCAGAGAUCCGCGACGCCUUUGAGAGAGGUGAGGACGCGCUGGUGGAAGGCUGUGGUGUCCAGGACCUGGACUCGGUGGCCGGAGUGCUGAAGCUCUACUUCCGGAGCCUGGAGCCCCCACUCUUCCCCCCGGACCUGUUCGGCGACCUUCUGGCUUCCAGCGAGCCCGAGGACGCGAUGGAGAGGCUGGAGUCUGUGAGCCGCCUCCUGGCCCGGCUGCCGGGCCCAGUGCUGGUGGUCCUGCGCUACCUCUUCACCUUCCUCAACCACCUGGCCCAGUACAGCGACGAGAACAUGAUGGAUCCCUACAACCUGGCUGUGUGCUUCGGGCCGACGCUGCUGCCUGUGCCUGCUGGGCAGGACCCCGUGGCCUUGCAGGGCCGAGUGAACCGGCUGGUGCAGACACUCAUCAUGAAGCCGACGUCCGUCUUCCCUCCCCUGGCUGAGCUGCCAGGCCCUGUCUACGAGAAGUGCAUGGCACCCCCCUCCGCCAGCUGCUUGGGGGAUGCCCAGCUGGACAGCAUGGCGGGGGAGAAUGAGCCAGAGCUGGAGGCCGGGGCCCAGGAGGAUGAUGUGGAGGGGGCCAUGGAGGCUGUGGCCUGCUUUGCCUACAUGGGCCGCACAGCCCAGGAGCUGACCUUCCAGCGAGGGGAAGUCCUGCGGCUGCACACCCGAGCCUCGGAUGACUGGUGGUGGGGGGAGCUCGGCGGCACGUGCGGACUCAUCCCCCACAAGUAUAUCACCCUGCCCGCUGCCGGGGCAGAGAAGCAUCUGGCGGCUCAGGGGCUGCAGGCGGCAGGGGAGAGCAGCCUGGAGGGCCUCCCAGCAGAGUGCGCCAGCAGGCCAGGGCUGAGCGCCCCACUUGAGACCAGGGGCACUUCUGGGCACAGACGGCACUGUCUCGUCCCAGCCUCCCCAGAGAGACUCAUGGAUGUGGACAAGAGUGUGGCACAAACCAUGGACUCCGUGUUUAAGGAGCUCUUGGGAAAGGCUGCCGUCCGCCAGGGUCACGGGCCAGUGUCCCCCAGCUCCCCCAGCUCCAGCCGCCCCGGCAAGAAUAAAAGCUUCCCCCGAGGCCCCGGGGCCCCGGCCUCCCCCUAAGCAUCCUGUCCCCAGGGUCCCAGGCCCUGCUUCUCCCUGGCCCUGCCCAGCAAGCUCAGGGCACCUGCCCUUGACCCUUUGCAGAGGAGGCCAAACAGGGUUCCUUGACCUCACGCCCCUGCCUGCCCCAGCACUGGCUUAAGACCCUGGGGUAACGGAGGGAGCUCGUCAGGGAGUCUUGGGUGGCACGUGCCUGAUGCGGGUGGCAGUGAUUCAUAAAGA